AUGAAGGAAAGGAAUGACAUAGAAAUUGUGAAACCAAGUAACACUUUUUGUUCUGCUCGUUCCAUUAGUGUUAUUGUGGAAUUACUCGAUCAAAAGAAGAGGAUUAUAGAUAUGCUGAUUCGUCCGAAUUUAGAAGUCUGUAUCAUCUCAGUUGUUGGUAUGGGAGGCCUUAGCAAGACUACCCUAGCAAGACAAAUUUAUCAUGACCCGGAUAUUGCAUCUCACUUCGAUAUUCUUGCAUGGGUAACAGUAUCACAAAGAUAUUAUGAACAAGAAGUACUCAGUCGCCUUCUGCAUUCCAUGAGAGACCUCAAUCAUGAAUUGUAUGCUGAUCCUGAUUGCUACGUUCACCAUAUGGCACCUCAAAGUGAAGAUGGAUCCUGGAUUCUGCUGCGACAUUUGGUGUUUGAUAAAGAUCCGUAUCCUCGUGAAUUGGAGAAAUUUGGUAGGAUGAUUGCAAGGAACUGCAGAGGACUUCCACUUGCACUUAUCUUGAUCGGUGGUGUCCUGUACAAAGCUGAGAGGACACGUGAUUACUGGAUCAUCCAUGAUGAAGUGAGGGACUUCUGCCGGACGAAAACAAAGGAGAAGUUUAAUUCGGGUGAUGAGUAUCUUACAGAAGUCCAUGACAAUCUUCGACACAUUACUAUUCUCUCAGAUUUGAAGGAUCAAAUCCCCCCGAAUUUGAUCUUGCACACAAUCGUGAUUUACGCCAUUGCCAAAAAUAUAAAUAACAGAGCGGAUGCGCAAAUCACGAUUGUGUACAAGAUCAAAUUUGGGUAUUUGAUUCUUCAAUUCUGUGAGAAUACUAACAUGACGAAGAUUGUCAUGGACUUCUGGAAGAUUCUCAACGUCCGAUUUGAAAUUUUCCUUAGUUUUCAUCAGGCAGAAGUCCCUCAGGACAUCAUGGAUACAGCAGGUUUUGAUUUCACCACUACAGAGGUGAAAGUGAAAGUGGAAGUCUAUCGCAGUUCUUUGCAAUCACCAUACCUAAUGUCACCAAUUCAAGAGGACACAUUUCUUUAUCAAACACCAAAUGUUGCAGCAGAUUCCAGCAUUCUUCCAGAGUUUGAAAUCUCAUAUAAUGAACGUAGCAAUCAGGAUCAGCAUACCGAGCCACAUCAUGUGAUCGAGUUGUCAACAAAAUCCGGCUUCCAUUACUGUCAUGUGGAAGCAAACUUUUGGCUUUUAACACGAUUUCUCCAUCCCACACAUCGUCAAGGACAAUGA